UCAAUUUAUUAUCCAAAACAAUGAAAUAAGAAUCAUUGUUUAAUUUAGUUAAUAAUUCGUGCAGAAAAUUUAUGUACGAAAAUUAAGUCCAUUAAAUUCAAUUAAAGUCUGUCAUAUAAAGGACAUAUUCGUUGCCGUAUUUUGCAGUGUGACUUGAGAAUUUGAAAAUUAUUUGUAAAAUGUAUUACUAUUUACUUCCUUUGUAUCUCUUUUUGUUUAUCCACUCUGGGUGGUCUGAAGAUACGACCCACAAGUAUACAACAAAAUACGAUAAUAUUGACUUGGAAAACGUUGUCAAAAAUGAAAGGUUGUUAAAAAAUUAUGUUUACUGUUUGUUGGAAAAAGGACGAUGUUCUCCGGAUGGCCUUGAGUUAAAAAAGAAUAUGCCCGACGCCAUCGAAACCGACUGUAGCAAAUGUAGCGAAAAACAAAAAGAGGGAUCGGAUUUUAUUAUGAGAUACCUCAUUGAUAACAAACCUGAUUACUGGAAGGCCUUAGAAGCUAAAUAUGAUCCCGACGGUACUUACAAGAAGAGAUACUUUGAUUCGCAGAAACACGAAAUCGCUACAAUUGAAUCUUAAUUAAUAGUAUUUUUACAUUUUCUCAAAUUAAAAUGAGUUCUUAGUAAACU